ACUCGCAGCUCAACAACACUUCCCUGUCACUCAAUUUCAACCCUUCACAGGAAACAAUCUCUUCAUUUGUUCCCUCGCCGGAACCCUAGCUUCUGCCAAUGGCAUCCAAGAAGAAAGCAAUCUGAAGGUAUAGCCUUAUUGUCCAUGUACAACGACGACGGAGACGACGAUAUGGAGGACGCCGAAGAAGAUGAAGAAGAUAACCAAGAGAUAGAUAUGCGCCACGAGCAGAACGAGGACGCCGCCGCCGGAGGAUUCGCUGCGGAGGUAAAUUUGACUGCCACCGACGCGGAUAGAAUGGCAGGGGUUGAUUCAAGUAACGAUGGAGUUGCGGACGAGGUGUCCACGCCGGCGGAGAAGCGCAGGUUUGGAACUCCAACGCCGCAGCGUGUUAACACAAACGAGUGGUGGCGGUGCUGCCGUCGGAUUCGACGAGGAGCGGGAGAGGAAAGCUUACUAUAG